GAGCUCAGCCAGAGGAGGGCGAACUUUCUGGAAUCAUUUCCGGAUUUUCCUUCCUGGGCUGGGCUGGGACUUCAGGACAGCGGCGAGAGGAGACCACUGUUGGUGAAUAAUAUUUCAAAGUUACACGCAGGCUCAGACAGAUCGCCAUGUCGGGUGAAAAGGGAAAGUUACCAGAUGCUACUGGUUAUGUGGGUUUUGCCAAUCUUCCAAACCAAGUGCACCGCAAGUCUGUGAAAAAGGGGUUUGAGUUUACUCUCAUGGUUGUUGGGGAGUCGGGUUUGGGUAAAUCCACUCUUAUAAACAGUCUGUUUCUCACUGAUCUGUAUCCUGAACGCUACAUCCCAGGAGCCGCAGAGAAAAUCGAAAGGACAGUGCAAAUUGAAGCUUCCACAGUAGAGAUUGAGGAGCGAGGAGUGAAGCUGCGCCUCACUGUUGUGGACACUCCAGGGUAUGGUGAUGCCAUCAACAGCCAAGACUGCUUCAAGACCAUCAUACAGUACAUUGACAACCAGUUUGAGCGUUACCUUCACGAUGAGAGUGGCCUAAACAGAAGACACAUAGUUGACAACCGAGUGCACUGCUGCUUUUACUUCAUAUCUCCUUUUGGACAUGGUUUAAAGCCUCUUGAUGUGGAGUUCAUGAAAGCUAUCCACAGUAAAGUCAACAUUGUCCCAGUCAUUGCGAAGGCUGACACCCUGACGCUGCGGGAGAGGGAUCGUCUGAAGCGAAGGAUCCUUGAUGAAAUUGCAGAACACAGCAUUAGAAUUUAUCAGCUGCCCGAUGCAGACUCUGAUGAAGACGAAGAAUUUAAGGAACAGACCAGAGUCCUGAAGGCGAGUGUUCCUUUUGCAGUGAUUGGUUCAAAUCAGCUGAUUGAGGUGAAGGGGAAGAAGAUCCGAGGCCGUCUUUAUCCCUGGGGUGUUGUUGAGGUGGAGAAUCCUGAGCAUAAUGACUUCCUUAAAUUACGCACCAUGCUUGUGACCCACAUGCAAGACCUACAGGAGGUAACCCAGGAUUUGCACUAUGAAAACUUCCGCUCAGAGAGACUGAAGAAGGCUGGCCGAGCUGUGGAUGAGGAGGUGCUGGAUAAAGAUCAGAUACUGUUACAGAAAGAGGCUGAGCUGCGUCGCAUGCAGGAGAUGAUUGCCCAGAUGCAGGCGCAGAUGAAGAUGAAAUCGGACGAGUAGAAAAUAAUAAAUGUGAUCCACCACAGUUACAAACACACACUUCUGCACAAAUGUAAGGUUGGGGUUCUGUAUCCACCCAGCUUCAGUCUUCAAGAGCCUUAUCUAAAGCCCACCCAUGUGUUAGGUCACUAUGAUGUUUACAGUAACUGAUCACUCAUGGUAUCAUCACAUGUUUUUUCUAUCAAGGAGUUGUAAUGGCACAUAUAUUUUUGUCUUAAAUAUUAACUCAUAUAGUUGUGGUUAAAAACCAGUUUGUACUUUUCUAUAAUUAAUAACGGAUAUUAAUAAUGGUGUGUAUGUUUGUUAUAGUAAAAUGGUUUUCCUCAGACAAAAAAGAUUAUGUGAGAAACAACUGUGCCCAUAUUUUUGUAUUAUCAUUAAAAGCGCAUGUUCUCUGUGCCAAGCUAUAACAUGAUGAUUUAGUUCAGGCCAGUGGAUGUUAAUGUUGAAAAUGUACACUACUGGUACUACACUGAAUAUACAUAAUUUUAUUACUAUUUACAAGUAAAUUGUAUUAUGCUCUUAAAAGUCUGUCCAUUGCAUUAUGUCUUUGAUGUUUUUGCCCUUGUAUUAUUUUCUACUAAUUAUUUCUAAUAUAUUGGUCUUAGCAGGGUGCCCUCAAGUAGAUUGGAUGUUGAUGUAUUUCAGAAAUAAAUUUUCAUAGAAUUUAAAAUA